UCCCCCUCUGCUGCGAAGAGUUAAGCGCGCUCUCUCUCUCUCGCGCUCAUCGCUGAGUCUGUUCCUCUCUCCUCUCCUCCAUUAAUGGCGAUACCUGGCAUGUUGUUCUCUUUCUAGAGCGAAUACAGCUGCUUCUUUUUCUUGGAAGUUUUAUUUUCCGGAAAUAGAGAAGACAAGGAAGCUCGAGUUGUCCGUCGUAGCCCUAUUUUUGAUAGGUUAUUCGUAAUUCUAGGAAGGAAUCACUCAGAUCCGAAAAUCUCUCUGUAUUUUCUCUCUCUGCAGAAAAACAAAAGAAGCUAGAUUUUGCAAAGAAGAAGAAGCAUACGGGUAGCAUUUAAAUCAUACAGUUUCCUGGCUGGGAUCAGGAAACUGUGGAAAAUUAUGGGCUGCAUUUGCUCGAAAGGAGCACGGGCAAAUGGUUAUGUAGAGAACACCGAUGUUAAGGAUACAGACUUGCCUAAAAACUCCAAGAAGCAAUCUGUUUCUUCGAGGAAUGGCAAUUUUGAAUCCGAGGAAGCAGGCCUCAAUGGCAAUGAAUCCACCUUGAGGCUAAUUCCCAAUGAUGGGAAAAACGCUUGCUUGAUGCCUGUUUAUUAUGAUGAAGCGGAGAAGAAGGAUGGUUUUGAGAGAAAAUCUUCUAAAUCUAUAUUCCAGAGACGGCCUGUCAAUGAUGUUGGUACAGGGAAUAAUGUAGGAUCAUUGCAGCCAGGGAUGACUAGAAUCAAUAGUAUCUCCAAUGGAGAACGAGGGGCUCAGGUUAUAGCUGGUUGGCCCUCAUGGUUGGCUGCUGUUGCAGGGGAAGCCAUCAAUGGAUGGAUUCCGCGCAAAGCAGAUUCAUUUGAGAAGUUGGAGAAGAUUGGUCAAGGGACGUAUAGCAGUGUAUAUAAAGCUCGUGACCUUGAAUCAAACCAGAUAGUUGCACUGAAGAAAGUGCGGUUUGCUAAUAUGGAUCCUGAGAGUGUUCGUUUCAUGGCAAGAGAAAUAAUCAUCCUUCGUAGGCUUGACCAUCCAAAUGUCAUGAAGCUGGAAGGAUUGAUCACUUCAAGGGUAUCUGGAAGUUUGUACCUUGUAUUCGAAUAUAUGGAUCAUGAUCUCACAGGACUUGCUGGAACCCCAGGGAUUAAGUUCUCCGAGGCACAGAUAAAAUGCUAUAUGAAACAAUUGCUUCAAGGGCUAGAACACUGCCAUAGUCGUGGCGUUUUGCAUCGUGACAUCAAGGGAUCAAAUCUUCUGCUCGACCACAACAGCAAUCUCAAGAUUGGUGAUUUCGGUCUGGCUAAUUUUUUCAGGGGCCACCAAAAGCAGCCUCUCACAAGCCGAGUUGUAACUUUGUGGUUCCGCCCACCUGAGCUUCUGCUUGGGGCUACAGACUAUGGAGUUACAGUCGAUCUAUGGAGCUCCGGUUGCAUACUUGCAGAACUGUUUACUGGAAAGCCUAUUAUGCCUGGAAGAACAGAGGUGGAACAGCUCCACAAGAUCUUCAAACUAUGUGGAUCACCUUCCGAGGAGUAUUGGAAAAGAUCGAGGUUGCCACAUGCAACCAUCUUUAAACCUCAACAGCCUUACAAACGAUGUGUGGCUGAGACGUUCAAGGAUCUUCCCUCUUCGGCUUUGGCUCUCUUGGAGGUCCUUCUCGCUGUAGAACCAGAUGCCCGUGGAACUGCAUCCUCUGCCCUUCAAAGCGAGUUUUUCACCACAAAGCCUUUUCCAAGCGAUCCGUUAAGCUUACCAACAUACAAACCAAGAAAGGAAUAUGAUGCUAAGUUCCGAGACGAAGAAGCAAGACGGAAAAAAGGUGCGAACAGUAAAGGACAGAAUGAGACAAAACGGGCAUCUAGAGAAUCUAAAGCUGUACCAGCUCCAGAUGCCAAUGCCGAGUUGCUGACAUCAAUACAGAAACGUCAAGGACAAGGUAACGCGACAAGUGUCAGCGAAAACUUCAAUCGCGAGGAAGAUUCUGGUGCUGGAUUCCGAAUCGAACCUCAGAAUGGAACAGCCUUUGGGUAUUCGGUUAAUAUGAAUGCAAACGGAGAUGGGCUUCUCGGUUGUUCAAGCCAUUCGAAAGAACUGAGAACACAGAGGUCUUUCGUCCAACGUGGGGCAGCUCAGUUGUCAAGAUUCUCAAAUUCGGUAGCCGCUAGGGAUGGAUCACGUUUCGGAAGUAUACGAGACACGAUAGUGAAUCCAGCAUAUGGAAGGUACAACCAUGGAGGCGAUGGUCAGUCUUCAGAGAAGCUUGAUUGGUCUCAAUGUUUACCGGGAAAAUCCAAAGCCCCCAUGAAAGAUGAACAACAACCCUGUGGAACGGGCUAUGGUGGGAAGAACGGGCGAAUGCAUUACUCGGGACCCUUGAUUCCUGCAGGAGGAAACUUGGAUGAAAUGCUGAAAGAACAUGAGAGACAGAUCCAGUUGGCUGUUCGAAGAGCUCGGGUGGACAAGACGAAGAAGGAUGACAGAAACGGACAAAGCCAAAUGUUGCUGGCGGCGGCCAAUGGCCGGUAAUAUCAGGUGAUCUCUCUGGAAGUUUCUAGAGGAAAAUUGCACUGGAGAGAAUCUGAUGGCUCUUCACCUUGCUUUCUGGUGUUCCGAAGGAGAAGAAAGGAAAAGGAAGGAAAGGUAGGGUUUUGUAUUUGUACAGCUAAUUGAUCUGGUUCUUUAUGUAAAAAGAGGAAUAGAGAUCAUCAUCUGAUUUAUAACCCAUUCUUUAAAUCUAUAAUCUCAUUUUCCAUG